AGUGAAAAUUAUUCUUUCAGUCAUAUAUUUAAAAUCGGCAGGUGUUUUCUAUUCGGUUAAUAAUAACGUAUUUUUUGCGGAAUAAAAUAUAAUAUUAUUGGAAUAUACUUAUUUUGAGCAGAAUUUAACCAAAAAUUUUAUAUCUCAAUUAUUGUCGUACAAAAAUUUUAACGAAAGUUAUAAAAAAUGAAAUCAGUAAUUAUACUUAAGUCUGAAUCUGAAUCAACUGAAGAAUAUGUUGAACAAUUAAAAAAGCAUAAAUUAAAUCCAGUUUUCGUGCCUACAUUGGGAUUUGCAUUUCGGCAAUUAGAUGUACUUAAAGAAAGAUUAAAUGAUUCCGAAAAAUAUUCAGGAUUAAUUUUAACAUCACCUCGCUCUGUGGAUGCAAUUCGAGAAGCUUUAGGAAACGCUCCUAUCCCAGAAGGUUGGAAAAAAUUACAUAAUUAUUCGGUUGGCGAAGCCACACAUCAUUUAGCAAUGAUGAAUUUAAAUCAAUUGUACACAAAGGGAAAAGAAACUGGUACCAGUGGUACUUUAGCAGAUUAUAUAUUAGAAAAUUUUGAGGGUGAUAAAAAGAAACCUUUUCUAUAUCCUUGUGGAAAUAUGAGGACGGAUACACUGUUGGCUAAAUUACUUGCUGUAGGAUUUACUUUUGAACCAUUAACAGUGUAUGAAACAGUGUGUCAUCCUGAUUUAGAUGAAAACUUAAAAAAUGCUAUGAAUACCGAAAAUGUGGAAUAUCUUGCAUUUUUCAGUCCUUCAGGUGUCGAUUGUACUUACGAAUGGUUUACAAAAAAUAAUUUAAGCAUGGAAAAGAAAAAAUUAGUUGCAAUCGGGCCUAGCACAAGACGGGCAAUUCAAAAUAAAGGUUUAGAUGUAUAUAAAGUAGCUGAAAAACCAACUGUUGAAUGUUUAAUAAAAGUUUUAAUUGAUCCUAAUGCUUGUAGACCAAAAUAUGAGCCUAAAGAUGAAGAAUAACUUGAAAUUUAAAAUAUAUAUAUUUAUAGGUGUUAGCUUCAUCUCUACUUACUCCAUUUAUUCUCAUUCGAAAUACUGAACUAAAAAAAAGAAAAGCAAUAAAAUUAAAAUUAAUAUUGAAUUUAAUGUCAAUACAAAGCUCUUUAAUAGAAAAAAUUUCUUUGCGAUUAAGUUUUGUUAUAAAUCAGUAAUUAUGGUUACGAAUAUUGUUAAUAAAUGUGUAAUUUUUUUUGCCAACUCUAAUUGAUAAAUCAAAUUAAAAUAUUUUAAAUUAGAUUAAUAGAUCAUUUUGUUUAAAAUUAAGAUGGUCCUUUAAUAAGCGUACUUUAAUUAUGAAAUAAUUUUAAUUACAAUUCAGUAAAAGAUUGGCAUUAACAUUUUUAUUAAACUUAAAAUGAUGUUAUAUUGCAAUAUAUUGUAAUAAUGUAUAUUAUGUAUAUUAAAAUUCGAGAGGUUGCGAUGUAAUCGAACAAUUAAAGCUAUAUAAUUAGUAAUUUAAGUUUUUUUUAAAUAAAUAUUAACA